AAUCUGGCGCCCGUCCGGCUGGCACACCCUGCUUUCAAACACAAUACCGGAUCUGACCCUUGGGUUCCCGCUACUCGGGACCCGUCAAGGUUUGCGAGCUGGAGAAGGCAGCCGUCAAUCCGAUACAUAGUUCUGUCGCAACGUACUCUAUAG